AUGUCGCUUUCGGCCACGUUUACAGGAUUGUUGGAUUCAAAGGCGCAAAAGGACACUCAAGUCUCUCCUGAAAUACUAAAACUGGUUGAGGAUUUGAAGAAAUACUUCGCUGACCAAAGACGACAGCGUGACGAAAUAAUUAACAUAUCCAACAAGUCUUUCGAUGACUUAUUGUCAGAACUCUCGGAGUUGCAACGUUCAGUGACGUGUAUCUUAUCGGAGCUUCGACGCCAAAGCGUAAAAUCUUCCCACAUGAGUGAUGAAGUCUUGAAGCUUGAAAGAAAUUCCAGCAUCAUUCAACGAUCCCUCGACAUGACCUGCGAUUUUGCCCAAAAUACUUCUGAGCUCACCGAGUAUUUCAAAAACUGUAUCUCCUCUUUUGGCCAUCGUGUUCAAACGUACAAACAGCAAGUAGAGGCUAUCGAAGGCUCCCUGUCCUCCCAUGCAAAAGCCUCUUUGACGCCGAAGGAGUUGGCGGACGUUCUUCGGACACUGGAUGACCAAUUUAUGUCGCUUGCUGCUCAACUGUACACAUUGAAUGAGGAAUUGAGUCUUUCAAAGACACAGCUCCUUCGCCAACGUCGAAAUCCGGAUGUAAAGACAGCCUUUUUUGACUCACCUAGCACCAAUAACUCCAUGUCUCCUUUUGACAAAUUUCUCUUCGACUCUGAGAGGACGAGCGUUGCUACGCCAUAUGGACCCCCGCCCUUCACCACAACUGUGUCACUAGCCAGCCCAAGCGGUGUUACAGCGACUACAGGCCUUCCUUUAGCCACUGGGAGCGCUUUACAACCUCCUACGACUACAACGACCACAGCGAGUAGCUUCUUUUCGGCGUUAAAGCCGGUAGCUACCUCUGGUCCCUUCACAUUCGGCUCAGCCGCACCUCCCACCACCACUACUUCGACCAGUGGGUUCACUUUGGGGGCUUUCGGAUCGGCAACUACCGCUACCACCACACCAGCCACAGGAUUUUCGUUUGGUCUACCGACGGCCUCCACAGGGACAUCGGGCACUGGCUUUGGAUUCGGUGCCGCUUCUGCGGCGGCUUUGCCUGCGACAGCAACCACGACUGCGGGGAGUUUUGGGUUCGGGGCGACAACAGGCGGAUCGAUUUUUGGCUCGCCGGCGGUCACAAGACCAAGUCUUUUUGCUGCCAAAUAA